GUGACUCAAACCGAAACAAAACAAACUCCAGAGUCACGUGACCGGAUCAAAUUCAACUUUCAUCACGGAACAUUUCGUAACCACAGAAACAGACACGAGUGUGAGCCCGGAGAGAAACGAACCCGACCCAGAACCCAACAAACUGAACCCGACAGAACCGGCCCCAGAGCCGCAGAGCCUGGACACUUUUGUGUUUCAGAUUAAAUUCUCUGAAACACAAACCCGGACAGAACCUGUGACUCGGACACUUUCACACGGUUAAAAAUGAGCCCCGGGGCGCAUGCGCAGUGGCCGCAGAGGAGAUGGACUUUGGAGAAGCGAAGCGCGAGCUCAAGAAGCUCCUGAAGCUCACGCGCCCCGAGCACGUGGGCAGGCUGCUGCACUGGGUCACGAGCUCAGAGGAGGUUGUGUGUCUUUUGAAGGACAACAGGUGUGUGAUCUUGGAGAACAUCUCAGAGGAGCUCAGGUCGUUUCUGCCUCCAGACGCCAUGACGCCGUCAGAGACCUUCACCCAACAACAGAUGGAGGAGCGUGCACGUGGGCUCGUGCACGUGGACGGCUUCCUGUAUGAUGAGAACCUUCUGGACUCAAUGUGUGAGGAGGGAACCUUCAGCAGGAACAUCUGCCUCGAGUGUGGAUCCACCAGGACCAGAGAACUGGAGUUCUUGUCUCACUCGUUCUCGGUUCCAGAGCUCAGGUUCUUGUUCCUGUCGGUGCUUCCGGACCUGAGCGGUCGGGUUCUGGUCGACGUCGGGUCCAGACUCGGAGCGGUUCUUUACGCGGGACACGUGUUCAGUUCGGCGUCUCGUCUGGUGGGACUAGAACUGAACCAGGACUUUGUGACGCUCCAGAACCGAGUGAUCCACAAGUACGGCUUUGGAGACCGAGUCCAGGUCCUUCACGCAGACUUCUGCUCUCAGGUCGACCUGGUGCAAAACGCCGAUGUUCUCGUCAUGAACAACGUCUUUGAGUUUUUCCUGGAGCCUCCGGAGCAGAUCAGGUGCUGGAGGUUCCUGGUGCAGAACUUCCGUAAAAAAGGUUCUUUGUUGGUGACAGUUCCAGGUUUGGACGAGAGCUUCAGACAGAUCCAGGAGACGCUGCCCUGUGAUUGGCUGGAGGAGCUUCCUGUGAACUAUGACCUUUACCUGACGAGUGACUCCGCCCAGAACGAGGCGUUUCGACAGAUUCACCUGUACAGGGUCAUGUGACGAGGCCAGAGCCAAUCAGAGCGCUCCGUCAGUGUCAUGUGACCACGGAACAGAGGAGGACUACAGCUCCCAUGAGCCUCGGCGGCUCCUUAAGACCACGAACAAACAAACAGGAUCCGUCUGGAGCUGAAACGGACAACGAUGUUUCUACAAAAAUAAACUUUUGUGUCAAAUCUGAGAAAAGAUUUAUUCUGGACUAAACUGGGACUAAACCGGGACUAAACGGGAGUGUUGUGUUUGAAACUGGACCAGGGUUUGAUUUAUUUCUGUAUUUAUUUAUUUACAGAAAAGUGACAUAAAAAACGACAUUUGUUCAUUUGAUAAAA